CUCGUCCACAUAAAAGCAAUUUUCUGCGGAAAGAACGGGAAGACAAGCACAUUUUUUUUGUCGUCGCAAGCCGUAAAAAACUCGUAGAAAAUUUUCUUUCGUAUUUUUAUACCACCAAUAAUAGCGGAAAUAUGUAAAAAAUCGGACGAGUAUUUUGCUCUAUACAACAUUUAUGUGGAAUUUUCAACGUAUAUUCCUUGGAAAGCUUCGAAAGAUCGGUCAUAAAAUAAGUCGAAUGUCGUGAAAAUAGCCACAAAAAGAGGAAAAAAAUCAUUGAACGCGAAAAAACACCAAAAGAAUAUGGCAUAAAAAAACGUGUAAAAAGUAGUGUUGCAACAAAAAAUAAGGUCUUAUGCCAGAUAUUGGAGCGAUAAACGCCGCGCAAAACAAAAAAAGAAAAAUAAUGAACAUUUUGCAAUUUCUAAAAAAUAUUAACUAACACACUCACACACACACUAAUCAACCGCAAAAGGGCAAUCAAUAAUAAGCAGCCAAACUUAAGGACGUUCAAGGAGAUUUUUUCUUGAUGAGUGUUUGUAUGUGGUGUAGCAAAAGUACAGCAGCAGUAGCAAGAAGUGUAGAGAGAAAUCAGCAGACAACAGAAAGAAACAACCAAAGGAUUAGAAAUUGGUUCCAUUACAUCGAAGUUGGCGGAAAUAAACUUGAAUAUUGUCGUGUAGGAAGAGGAACGUAGCGGGUGCCAGACAAAGCCUUUCAUUUCUUUGGGACCGCACCCGCUGUCUUAGUUUGUUGUGUUUGCUCCAUCAAUUAAACAAAAAUAUAACCUCAAAAUACAUAUAUUGUUUUUGUUAAGCCACUCGUUUUGAGCCAAAAGAGAAAUAACAAAAAUCAUCAAAAUUCCACCACAAACUCCCACGUCCACCAACUCCAUGCCAGUCUCCGUGGUUUGUGAGACUACGGCAAAUGUAAAUGCCGCCUUAAGGGAGGAAUUGUUCGGUUCGGCCACUGGCUGCUCAGCAGCUGCCAACAACAAAGCACCAGAUGAACUUAAAACAAAUGGUAGCUCAGUGCUUGGAACUGACGACAAUGAUUCGUUACAUGACAAACUGGUGGCUUCCGCCAAACGGGUACUGCUCUCGAAAAUCGAAUAUGAGGAAGUCACCAACUAUGGCCAAUCGGUUUUGGAAAGUCUAAAAUCCAAAUACAUCGUCUUGAAGCCAUCGACUGGCAUCAAUAAUGGCCAGGAGAAUGGCAGAAAGUCUCCAGCAACCUGCAACAAUAACAACAAUGGCGCAAAUGGUGAUGACAGUGCUGCCGGUAAGCAUGCCAAUGGUAACACAUCAGCUGCAACGACGACACCGGGAAAACGAAACCAACAGCCCCAGAGCCCCAAUGAGUUGCCCGCACCCAAACGGGUACUUUUUCCACGUGAAAAUGUACGUAUUGGAUGGAAGGCCACCGGGCGUAAAUGGAAUGUCGGUGUGGGCAUGAUGAAUGUGGGUAAUACCUGUUACUUGAACUCAACGCUGCAGGCCCUGUUUCACGUGUCCUCAAUGGCCAAUUGGUUAAUGUCCGAUUCGGCACACAUGGAGAGAUGUGAAUCCACUGAUUCUGGUUGUAUCAUUUGUGCAAUGGCCAAGACACUGCAGGCCUCACAAAACAGCCAAUCGGCCAUAAGGCCCUAUUUUGUUUACUCAAAACUUAAAUCCAUAUGUAAACAUUUAGUAAUGGGUCGCCAGGAAGAUGCCCAUGAAUUUUUACGUUACUUGGUUGAAGCCAUGGAGAAAUCCUACUUGCAGAGGUUCCGAAACUACAAGGAAUUGGAUCAAUACAGCAAGGAGACGACCCCCUUAAAUCAAAUUCUUGGCGGUUAUUUAAAAACGUCGGUGAAAUGUUUGUCCUGCCAACAUGUUUCAGUAACUUUUCAACAUUUCCAAGACCUUUUGCUGGACAUACGCAAGGCGGAUACAAUAAAUGAAGCAUUGGAGGGCUAUUUUGCCCGUGAGCGUUUGGAAGAUAUGGGCUACAAGUGUGAAGCAUGCAAGAAAAAGGUCUCGGCAACAAAACAAUUUUCAUUGGACCGGGCUCCAAUUGCCCUCUGCAUUCAACUAAAACGUUUCUCUAUUUCCGGCACUAAAAUCAACAAACAAAUAACCAUAAAACCUAGACUGGAUCUAACAAAGUUUGCCUCACGCAAAAUUCCCGGUGAACAAUUGACUUAUCGUCUAGUGGCAAUGGUAACCCAUUUGGGUGCUUCCCAACAUUGUGGUCAUUACACAGCCAUUGGUCUAACAGAAUCCGGAACGUACUACAACUACGAUGACAGUUAUGUCCGGCCAAUAUCAAUGCAAAAUGUUUGCAAUACAAAUGCGUACAUAAUAUUUUACGAAAUGGAUACACAGCCCGCGCGACAGGUGACUAGCACACAGGUUAGUGGAGCCGUGGCGCAAAGUACUGUUACAAAUCUCAAAGAUUUACAGACAACAAAAGUCAAUGGUCAUGUUGUGAACUCCAGUCCGCAACGUAUAAUAGGGCCACAACUGCCGCCCGGUUAUAGCAACGGCACCUCUUCUCCCUUGACAAAUGGAGGAGGUAGUAAAUUAAUACUAAAUCGGAAUGCCACAAAUCCCAGUAAAAAUACGACUGGAUUAGAUAGUAGUAAAAUAAUGAUUCACUUUAAGAAUAACAACGGGGGAACACCAUCAAGCCCCUCAGUAAAAACAAGUCUUGCAACAUCGUCGCUUACUAGUGCCUCGGCUACAUCCUCUACCACAUCUACGGCAGCUUCGAAUUCUGUUUUCGACAGUUUGAAAAGUAAUAGCAACAGUAACGGUCUCCAUGUUGUGGGGACCGGUAAAUUUCAAGAAUCUGCGAACACGAAGCGUGCACUGGGUGACCCAGCAAAUAAAAGACAAGUUAAUACUGUUAAAAAUGGUAACGAGAGUUCCUCCGAUGACGACGAUGACGAAAAUGAGGUUGUAAGUUCAUCAACAUCAACACUGCCAAGUAUGCCUAAAUUGAUAUCUGCCGAAGUGAAUAGCACCACCACCAACAACACAAAGGCGCCAUUAACAAAUGGCUUUGCCAAGUCACCUGCCCCCGUUGUUGCAAUCAAAAGUCUUGUUCCAUAUGUCUGGGAAUCAGAUGAUGAGACGGAUGUGGCUACGCCUAUAACCACAAAUGGCAUAAUGUCGACCUCCUCAACAUCAUCAUCAUCUGACAAAACGCCUUUGAUGUCGAAUCCGUUAAAACGACGCCAAAGUUCUUCAUCAUGGUCCAAUGCAGCAGGAUCAUCUUCCUCAGACAAUGAUGAUGACAAUGACAACGAUUGCAAGCCAACAACUGGUACUAAAAUUAAGAAGGCAGCCUCAUCCACUACGGUAACUAGCGCCGAAGCCACAGGCUCCUCAUCCGUACAUUACAAUGGCAUCAGUUCAAAAAAAUCAUCCGAAACAAUUGAUGAAAUAUUCAAUAAGCGUUCCACAUUAGCGACCUCAAACUAUUUAUCGCCACUCAAAAAGAAAUCACAAAAUCAACAAUUUACCGUUACCUCUACUACACCAACAAGUGACACCUCCUCAUCUGAUUCGGAAGAUAUAAAAUCAGUUCCGUCGAAGCCACAAUUCAAAAGAUCAAAUUCAACACCUCCAUCACCACCUGUAGUCAAAACGAAUUCCGGCAUUUGGCAAGUUACAUCAUUGCAUCCUAUCAGCGCCUGUGUCAGUCCCACAACUGAAAAAUUGCCCAAGAAUCCGAAAAAUCCUUUUGCCAGCGCAAAGUCACUGCACAAUAAUGCAGUAGGCGAAAACUCGAAACGUCUUAAAAAAGAAAACGCUGGCAAACAGAACUUUGUGGGCAAUGGUUAUCAACGUGAAACAGCAACAGACACCACUGUCUCCGAACUCUUGAAGCAAUCACAUCGCGGCUAUGGAGCACCGGUCCUGACAUGGAAUGGACAACAAAGUGAAAUAGAAAGAGAGAAUUAUUAUUUGUUUGAUGAGAAACGGAUAGAAGACGACAACAACAUAAACAGCAACCACCACCACCACCAACCACUUCACAAUAAUGACAACAACAGCAGCAUAGAUGAUUGCCACAUGGAUAGUGAUCUUGAACAAGAUCAAGACAUCGCCAAGGAGGAUAAUAGUCCACAUCUACUGCGUGAAGACGAUAAGGAUGGUGACAUUAUAAAUCUCGUGUCUAGCGAUGCCACAACAAAUUUCCUGAGAGAAGUUAGUUUUUACGACGACAAUGAUGGCGACGAUGGUGAUAUGUUAAAAUCGGAAAACUUUGAUUUUGAUGAUUCUUGCUAUGUGGCCAUGUUAUACGAUGACAUUGGGAAUGAUAGCAACCCAGCUACUAGUACAAGUGGAAGAUGUGGAAAAGUGCAACCAGCUCUUCGCAUUGACCUUAAAAAUAUAAACGAUAAAAACUGCCUACCUCUGCCAGAAAAUUGUUCAGAAUCGACAAAGGAGGAUGAUAACAAUACUUUAAAGGAUGAGUCAUCAUCACCACCACCAGCAGCAGUAGCGAAUGCAACAGAAGCUCCAACAACAACCGCAAUUGCUGGUGAAGAGCAAAAUAACCUAGACUCUUGUAGUUCAGCAACCACCGCCACCACAGUUAUAAACACCUAUUGUCUGUCGCCAAAUUCAACGGAUAAUGAGCCCACCACUCCCACUCUAGCCACAACAAUCAAUGACAUAAUAUUCCAGAUUUCUGAGGACUCAAUGGAUAAACUAUAACAGGAAUAUAUGAUGAAACAUAUGUGUUUCCUAAUGAUUUUAUGAUGGUGCUGCUAUGUUGUAUAUUACGAAAACCAUUUAAGGCUCCACAAGCCAGAGAUGAUUAUUAAUAAUCAGCCUUCUUCUUCUUACUCCUCCUGUGUUUUGUUCUUAUUUGUAAGUUUUUAUAUUCAAACAAACAAAAAAUAUGCGAAAUAAUUCAUUCACAUAAACUGCUGUUAAGAAUUGUUAUAACUUUUUUAUUUUCUUUUUUGGCCAACAAGGAGCCAGUAGAAAUCCCCAUUCUUUUGUUUUAAACAUAUUUUUUCACACAACUAAAUGAUAACUAUGAGCAUAAUUAUAAAAAGCACUACAAGUGUUGCAAAAAAUCAAACAGCCAACAAAUAGGGGCACAUAAAUCAUAAAUCCUUUUUGUUAUUGUAAAUUAUAUAUACAAAAUUGUAUUAACAUUAGUUUUAAUCGAUACUAAAGUAUAAGAGAGGAGUCCUCCGCCCAUAGCCAAUACAGCUCACAAAUGUUUUGAAUCCUAGCACUAGCAGCAUUCCAACCAUCUCUAGAAGCCUUGUUGCCCGGAGAUCUGUGAUGCAUAUUAUUGUUUUCGCUCUAUUUCGAAUCAGACAGACGAAAAUCUAAAUCUAAAAACCCCAUUCUAAUGGACGAAAAGUUUAAUUAUAGCUAAUUUAAAUUAUUUUAUUAUUUUUUAAUAUACCUUUAGUUUUAGUUUUUAGUUAUUUAGCAUAUUAUAUCAUAGUAUUCGUAUAUGACUUAUUUAUAAUUAAUUUAAUUGCUGACAAUGUAAAUGAAAAUGAAAAAAAGAGAAUAAGAAUCUGUAACAAUAAAUGAAGUAUGUAAAUGUAAUUUAUAUGUAAAUAACGCAAACAAAAAGGAGUUUCACUCACGCAAAUACAUAUUAUGUAUAUAGAUAUUUUAUCUAUGUUAUAAUUAUAAGAAAUA